AUGGCACACCGCCGACUUCAACGCGAAGAAUACACGGUUGGAUGGCUGUGCGCGCUCCCGAUCGAACGGGCGGCUGCGGAGGAGAUGCUCGACGAAAAGCACGAAGAUAUCGACCAGGAUGCACGCGACAACAACCUGUACUCGCCCGGGCGUAUAGGGGAGCACAAUGUUGUUAUCGUCUGCUUGCCAAAUGGCUUAAUAGGCAACAACACUGCUGCAGCAAUGGCGGCACAGAUGAUGUCGACGUUCAGGUCGAUGCAAUUUAUCCUGAUGGUUGGCGUUGGAGGCGGCGUUCCAAGUCUAGAAGCAGAUAUUCGGCUCGGAGAUGUGGUAGUUAGCAACCCAAAUCAAGGUUAUGGCGGUGUGAUACAGUACGACUUUGGGAAGGCGACUCCUAGUGGCUUUCAGCGCACCGGAUUUCUGAACUCUCCGCCGUUACUACUAUUAAAUGCGGUUGCAAAGGCACGGACGAACCAACUCCGGGGGACGAGUAAGCUCCUAGAACACAUCUCCAAGCUUCGCCAUCUUCCUGAAUUCACACGCGGGGCCGCUGGGCCAGACGUUUUGUUCGAAUAUACUUACAAUCACGAGGGAGGACCGACAUGCCAGUCCUGCAGCGCAGAAAAGCAGGUUACUCGACAGCCACGAUCGAACGAAGAGCCUGUGGUUCACUACGGCACAAUUGCAUCGGGUAAUCAAGUCGUCAAAGAUGCUGCACAGAGAGAUAGCAUAAGCAAAGAGUUUGGAGGUGUGCUCUGCUUUGAAAUGGAAGCCGCUGGCUUGAUGAAUGGCUUUCCGUGUCUUGUCAUACGGGGCAUCUGCGACUACGCCGACUCACACAAGAACAAGAAGUGGCAGGCAUACGCAGCAGGGACAGCAGCAGCAUACGCGAGGGAAGUGUUAUCAAUGAUACCGCCGGCCGAAGGAGCGAAAGCUCGCGAGUUGGUUGAAACGAUCAAGGCAGCAAGUGGUCCCUUGUCUCGGCUUGUCUAUACUGGCCACAUGGCGCGAACCGACAUCCUCGUCAAUCAUCCGCUCCUCAAAGAAGACCUGCCUCUGGCCAGCCUCGUAUGCAAUUUGCAGUCGCCGCAUCAAGACGCUUAUAAAGGCGCCGACAUGGACGAAGAGGACUGGUCGGUUGCGCUCUUCGAGGACUACAGUGCAUAUGUGGGGAAGGGAAGACAGUCCCUCUUCAAGGAGGCUGUGUCCACCAUCUUCUCCCGUAUAUCCGACGCGAAGAUCGAUGAAAGGAUUCACGUCUCUGCAUCGAAGGCGCAGAAGUACACCCUGCUGCAGCCUCAGAUGCAGUUCCGAAAGUUGUGUAAGAUCGAGAGCGUCCGUGAGUGGAUUCGCGACAACUACAACUACAACAAGGACCUCUUCUUCGUGGUCGGAUACUUGACCAUGACGGGCGCCACUGUCGUCAGGGGACCUAGUGGUGGAGAGAUUCAAAGCAACCUCGACGCAACGCUGCCUCUUCCGGCGGGGGCGGCGACGAAUAUGGCGACGGCCAGAGAUUUGGACGCUCAAACCACGGCUCAUAUGAACCAGAACUCGCUCGAAAGCGUGUUUUACAAAGCCGACGGCGAGCAGAUCUUCUGCAUCUGCUACAGGAAGCUCAAGUUCUCUUGGUUCAGCCAGGAAAGCACCUUGGAUGGCUCAAAUAGGUGGAAGCUGUUCACUUCAAAUCGCGGCUCGUCCCGAGCUGCCAAGAGCUUUGUCGAGAUCGACAUUGACAAAAGAGAUUUCGUCCCCGAGAUCCCUCACGAGACGGUCGAGGGGCCACAGGAGAAGUAUAUUAUUCCUCAUCAACUCCCCCGUACUUAA